AUGGGCUCCCGCCUGCUGCUGCUGCUGCUGCUGCUGCUGCUCCCGGCAGUUUGGAAAGGUGCUCUGGGAAAAUCCCAUUCACUGCACACUCGAGGAAUCAUUGAACUGGCUGGAGCUAUAACCUGUGGCACAGGACGGUCACCCUUGGCAUAUAUUGGCUAUGGAUGUUACUGCGGACUGGGAGGACGAGGUUGGCCUAAAGAUAAAACAGACUGGUGCUGCCACAGGCACGACUGCUGCUACGACACGGCGGAGAAGGAAGGCUGCAACCCCAAAGUGCAGCGCUACCAGUGGGCGUGUGAGCACAACACCGUGCGGUGCGAUAACCUGACAGACCGGUGUGAAAAAAUGGUGUGCCUGUGUGACCAAGAAGCAGCCAAGUGCUGGGGAGCAGCCCCAUACAACCCACACUUCAUCCUCUGGCCAGACUUUUUAUGUGGACAGACUCAUCCCACCUGCCAYGUCAGAUUUGGGGGGCCAGAAUAA